AUGCUCUUUCUCCUGUUAGACGAGGAGCAGGGAGUCGAUCAAACACCGUCCAUCGACCUUAAUCGGCGCAUGCUGUGGGUGGACGAGAACACUGGGAAGAUUUCAGAAGCGAACGACAUUUUGAUGGACAUGGUGGAUCACCUGGACGAGAUGGAUACCCACAUCGUCAAAGGAGAAACAGAUGGCAAAGAUCCGGUGAUCGCUGCCAGGCGCAGCAGGGAGCCUGUCUCGAAAGGGCGAAUCCUGCGCGGCGUUUGGAAGGACGGCCGGCCUAUGCGCCAGGGCUCGAAGAAUCCCUGGAUCGACUUCGAUGAGUUGCAGAAAGAUGCCAAGGAGAUUCGGAAGAAGAACGCGUCGAAGAGGCGCGCGGAGGCAGAGGCGAAGAAGGCAGCAGAGGCAAAGCCGAAGAAGAAGCGCAGCAGCUUCGACGAGGACGAUCAGCCGACGCCACCGCCGCUCCCGGCGCAUUUGCAAAUCCUCAAAGAAGACCGCGACAGGAGAAAGAACGAGAAGUUCGUGGUGAAGCAGAAGAAGAAAAGGGCCUUCACCGCAGGGUGA